AUGGAUGUGACCGUCUCAGAGCUCAUGGAGCUCUUCCUGCAGAGCCCGCUGGUGACCUGGGUUCAAACUUUGGACCCAUUCCGAAGCGGCAACUGCGACAACUUGAAUUUCUACAUGAAACUGGUGGAUGGCAUCUUUCUGAACCAGGUCAUGCUACAAAUUGAUCCCAGGCCUGGAAAGAGGCCCAUCCACCAGAACGUCAACAACAAUGCGAACCUUCGGAUUGAGAACUUGAGCAUCCUGGUCAGAAAUAUCAAGACCUUCUACAAGGAUGUUCUCAGGCAGGUGAUCCUCAUGAGAUUGCCCGAUGUCGUGGUGAUCGGCAAGGACCCGCUGUCUGGCAGAAGCAUGGAGGAAGUCAAGAAGGUGCUGGUCCUGCUCCUGGGCUGUGCUGUCCAGCGUGAGACGAGAGAGGAGUAUAUAAACCGGAUCCAGGAGCUGGACAGUGAGACCCAGGCCAGGAUCGUGGCCCAUAUUCAGGAGGUGACCCACAUCCAGGAUAACAUGCUGGAUCUGCACAUCUUGGAGGUUCCAGACGUGUCCCGGGAGGAGCUGGAAGCCUCCUUGAGGAACAUGCUGUCUCACCUGAGGAGGCUCGUAGAUGAGCGAGAUGAAUACAGGGAGAUAAUCGUGGACCUGACUCAGGAGCGGGACCACCUCCGGGCACAGCAGCUGCCCUGCCCCCUCCAGGCCUCCAGUGCUGAGUCCGCACCCGGCCCAACCAGUGUCCUGUCCAGCGAGCAUGGGCAGCACCUGGUNCCCAGCGAGGAUGGGCAGCACCUGGUCCUGGAGCUAGUGGACACCAAGUCCAGGCUGUGCCACGUCAGCCAGGAGCUGCAGGAAGAAAAACUGAAACACAGGGAGGCACUGGAGCAGCUGGAGAAGCUUCUGAACAGUGAGCAGAAGGCUCUUCAGCAGGAGCAGAGGAGGAAGACCACCCUUGCCAAUGAGAAGCAGAGGCUAUGGGGAGAGCUGGACAGGGUCAAUAUCCUGCACCAGCAGCUAAAGUGGGAGCAUAGGGAGCUGCAAGCCCACAACAAGGAGCUGGAAACCUCACUGGAGAGCUCCCAGCUGGAGUCGAAGCACUGGCAGGCCCAGUACUAUGAGCUGAAGGCGGAGCACGAGGAACUGCAAGCCCACACCAACAAGCUGGAAACCUCGCUGGACAGCUCAAAGCUGGAGGUAAACCGCUGGCAGGCCCAGUCUGCAGGGCAGAAGAGGGAGCAGGAGGAGCUGCGCACCCACAACAAGGAGCUGCAAGCCUCCCUGGACAGCUCAGAGCUGGAGGUGCACCGCUGGCAGGCCCGGUACCACGAGCUGAAGGAGGAGCACUGGAGCAUGGAAACCUCACUGACCAAGCUGCACAAACAAUGCGAGAUGCUGUUUGAUCUCAGGGGGGACUUGGAGAAAGAAAAUCACUACCUCUCGGUCCAGAUCCAGAUGAUGGACCAGGAGAACCUGAGGCUUCUGGAGCAGAAGUUGGAUAACCAGGAUCAGUACCAUGAGGAGCAGCAGUACAUAGACAAAAUAAAUGCCUUAGAGAGACAAAAAGAAAAACUGGAAGAGAAAUUCAUGGCUCAGCACCAGUUCUCUGAACUGUCUCUAAAGCAGAAAAGCCGCUGGGUUAAAGUCAAAGCCCUAUUCAAAUUCACCAAACCAAAGAAAGAGGGUUCCAGAGAAGGACCAAAGUCCCCCCCAGACAGUGCCGCAUGUCCGCAGGAGCCCCUCGAGGCCACCCCAUCGUGCUCACACUGGGCAGAAGAGCAAGACCCCCCCAGCGGGCCCGCGAGAAAAGGCCCCAGGGACCUAAUACCGAAGCCAGUGGCCCUGCACAGAGGCAGCCUUCACCGCACGGAGGCCUUGGCUACCCCCACCAUGAAGCCCCGGCCAUCAGAGCUGGGCUCCCAGGCCUGCUCCUCCUCAGCCAUGACUACUACCCCUUCCAGCUCCACCCCCAUCUCCUGGGACCAGGCCACACCCCAGGCGCUGGACACAGCCACCACUCAGGUGCUGGGCAGGAGUCAGAGGUGGCCUCUGACAAAGGACCGCAGUUUCCCCAUGGGUGGUCCAGGUCCCCUGACUCAGCCUUAUUUUCACCAUAGGCUAGAAUUCAGAUGGCAGCUCUGUGAGUGGUCCCUGGAGCUCAAGUUCACCAGCCACAGGCAGCACAUGCCCUGGCCAGGUAGCCUAGAGAGCAGCUGGAAUUGGACCAGUGACAGUUCCCCUCCUAGCCUGAGGGUAAGUUCCUCCGAUGAGCUCCACUGCAGAUCCAAGAGCUUCGGCAGUGGAGGCCUGAUCUCCAGCAGGGACACAGCCACCCUGCCCCGGGAUGCCAGCACCCCAGGACGCACUGCCCUCAGCUGCCAUGAGUACCCACCCCGGAACUUACCUCUCCUCCAGCAGGGCAUCCAGAAGAGGGGUGCGGCCCAGCCCCAGGCCUGGGUGCAGCCCUGUACCUCCGAGCAGAGCAGUGAGAUGCUCACCCUGGAGGAGUUCCUGGAGGACAGUGACCAGGGCUCCCCCACUGCUGUGAGAGGCCUGGGAGCACUCUCCUCCCUCACUCCCUCAGAUGGACCAGGACCAGAGGCCUGAAGACGUGGAAGUCACAAUGGUGCCCGUGCCAGGCCUCCACUCCGUCUCACUGUACAAAAACCCUGGAUAUGUGACUCC